GGAGAGUCUCAGGGGCCACCCUGAGCUUCAUCUUGUUACUAGGGAGCCUACUACACACGACUGUGAGGAGCUCCACGCACGUUCUUAGGGGAAAACUGGCACUGUGCAGAAAGGUUUCAGGAAGGCUUUUUCCAAAACGCAACAGCCCCGCGACCGCUCGGCCCAGCCACUGGCGAGAGAGGAAAGACAGACCCGCAGCGCCUCGCCCCGCCUGCCCCGCAGCAGGGCCCGGUAGACACUGGCUUCCCUAACAGCACAGGUUGGCGCAAGGACCAUGGGCGCCGCGCUGGGCACGGGCGCGCGGCUGGCUCUCCCGCCGGGUAGGGCCUGCGGUGCCCUUCGACACUGGGCACCCUCCGCACCCGCCCGAGCCUGCCACUCCAAACCCGGCCCGGCGCGCCCUGUGCCCCUGAAGAAGCGUGGAUACGAUGUCACCAGGAACCCGCAUCUCAACAAGGGGAUGGCCUUUACACUUGAAGAAAGGCUUCAGCUAGGAAUCCAUGGCCUGAUUCCCCCCUGCUUCCUGAGCCAGGACGUCCAGCUCCUCCGGAUCAUGAGAUACUACGAGAAGCAGCAGAGUGACCUGGACAAGUACAUCAUUCUCAUGACGCUCCAAGACCGGAAUGAGAAGUUGUUCUACCGAGUGCUGACGUCUGACGUGGAGAAGUUCAUGCCAAUCGUGUACACACCUACCGUGGGGCUGGCCUGUCAGCACUAUGGCCUGACCUUCCGCCGGCCACGCGGGCUGUUUAUCACCAUUCAUGACAAAGGCCAUCUUGCAACAAUGUUGAACUCUUGGCCAGAAGACAAUAUCAAGGCUGUGGUAGUGACUGAUGGAGAACGCAUACUGGGCUUGGGAGACCUGGGCUGCUACGGCAUGGGCAUCCCUGUGGGCAAGCUGGCCCUGUACACCGCGUGUGGAGGGGUGAACCCACAGCAGUGUCUCCCAGUCCUGCUGGACGUCGGCACCAACAACGAGGAGCUGCUCAGAGACCCUCUUUACAUCGGCCUGAAACACCAACGUGUGCGUGGGAAGGAGUACGAUGACUUGCUGGAUGAGUUCAUGCAGGCUGUGACAGAUAAGUUUGGAAUAAAUUGCCUCAUUCAAUUUGAAGACUUUGCCAAUGCCAAUGCCUUCCGCCUGCUCAACAAAUACCGCAACAAGUACUGCAUGUUCAACGAUGACAUCCAAGGCACAGCCUCUGUGGCUGUGGCAGGGAUCCUGGCUGCUCUGAGAAUCACCAAGAACAAGCUCUCCAAUCAUGUGUUUGUUUUCCAAGGUGCAGGUGAGGCAGCUAUGGGCAUCGCCCACCUUCUUGUCAUGGCCUUGGAGAAAGAAGGUGUACCCAAGGCAGAGGCCACAAGGAAGAUCUGGAUGGUGGACUCCAAGGGACUGAUUGUCAAGGGGAGAAGCCACCUGAACCAUGAGAAAGAAAUGUUUGCCCAAGACCAUCCUGAAGUGAACUCCCUGGAGGAGGUGGUGAGGCUGGUGAAGCCCACAGCCAUCAUAGGUGUUGCUGCCAUCGCAGGAGCCUUCACGGAGCAGAUUCUGAGGGACAUGGCCUCCUUCCACGAGCGCCCUAUCAUCUUUGCCCUGAGCAAUCCCACCAGCAAGGCCGAGUGCACAGCUGAGAAGUGCUACCGGGUCACCGAGGGCCGAGGGAUCUUUGCCAGUGGAAGUCCUUUUAAGAGUGUGACUCUGGAAGAUGGAAAAACAUUCAUUCCUGGGCAGGGAAAUAAUGCCUAUGUGUUCCCUGGAGUGGCACUGGGAGUCAUUGCCGGCGGGAUCCGGCACAUCCCUGAUGAGAUCUUCCUCCUAACAGCAGAGCAAAUUGCCCAGGAGGUCUCUGAGCAGCACCUAUCCCAAGGGAGACUGUACCCACCACUCAGCACCAUCAGAGAUGUAUCUCUGAGAAUCGCCAUCAAAGUCCUGGACUAUGCCUACAAACACAACCUGGCUUCCUGCUACCCGGAGCCUGAGAACAAGGAGGCUUUCAUAAGAUCCCUCAUCUACACUCCAGACUAUGACUCAUUUACACUGGACAGCUACAGUUGGCCCAAGGAAGCCAUGAAUUUUCAGACAGUCUGAUGAGUCUCAGGGGCUGGUAUGGGGCUGGAUGAAGCCCAAAGUAACACCCACAAUAUAAAUGGGUUCCAAAAUGGU